AUGUCAUUAACUGAAAUCGGGGAUCAAUUGACAUUAUACAGCGGGUGUAUUUUCCUUUUUACAGGUUUAAUCGGCAAUGGAAUCAAUACUUUCGUCUUUUCACGAGUUCGCACAUAUCGCACGACUCCUUGCACAUUCUAUUUCCUGGUUGGCUCGAUAGACAACAUUGUUUACAUACUAAUUAAUUUAAUUGCUCGUAUUGUCGCUGCCCGUUACGAUAUUGAUUUGACGCGUACAUCCAUAGUUUGGUCUGCCAUCGAUCAAUUUUUAGUCACGUCACAAAAUGUGAACCUUCGUCGUUGCAGCAACAUUAAAUUGGCGUAUCGAAUUGUCAUCGGUAUAAUUGGUUUUUGGUCGAUUCAUGGAAUUUUCGCUCCGGUGUUUUAUAAUAUAACGACAGUAAGAUGCGCAUCCACGAAUGCAAUCUAUGCUAUUUAUAGUACAAUUUAUGUUACAAUUGUCAUUACCACCAUUCCAGUCGUGAUAAUGAUUGUAUUUGGCGGUUUAACUUAUCGAAAUAUCCGUUUGACACGCGUUCCUGCUCAGCAGCAUGCAGAUCGUCAACUAUUACGUAUGAUUCUAUUUCAAAUCUUGUUAAUUAGUCUCAGUAUUCUUCCUUACGGUAUCAACAGUACUUAUCGUUUGAUCACAAGUACCAAUCCCAAAAGUACCGAUCAACAAUUAAGAGAAACCUUCGUAACAACUGUUGUUACUCUUGUGACCUAUUUUUACUUUUCUGGAAGUUGUUAUAUAUUUCUGUUAUCAUCAACUCGAUUUCGUCAAACGGUGAAGAAACAAAUCUGUUGGUGUCUAACCGGAAAUCAAAUUCAUCCUUAA